AUGUAUGAUAUUGACCUUCCAGCUCCUCACGACAGCACAACCGCGACUACAACAACAACGACAUGCGCCAUGUCUGACGCCGACUUUGAGACGAUCAGGAAGCUGCAGGCCGAGCGGAAUGCCGCUUCUGCUGGUAAGAAGGGGUCAAAGACAUUUGAUCCGUCGAGUCAGCGAACUGAUGUAUCCACCAAGGCUUCCCUGACCGAAAGCUUCGAUACGACACUCUACGAGCGCGAUGGCGGUGAUAAGUUCGCGGGAUAUAAUACUUCCAUCGCUGUAGCAGAUGGCGAUGAUGACGAAAUGGAAGAGGAUACCAGCAGGCGGCUGGUUGGCCAAUAUACAGCUUCCAAGGAGCAGAUGAACGAAUUUGCUCACGGCAAUGGGGUUGAGGAAGAGGAUAUCCUUCUGGGCAGGGAGAAAAGUGCGCGGAUUGCGGACCGCGAAACUGAUUACCAGAAACGUCGGCUAGACCGUGUUUUAACGCCCACCAGAGCCGAUCCAUUUGCUGCGAACAGGCAGGCUGGAGCUACGGAAGAUGGCGAGAGCUACCGGGAAGUUAUGGGCCGAAGAGAACUGGAGAGGGAAGAGGAGAGGGUUAGAAGGGCGAUAGAGGAGAAGGCGGCCAACGGUGAGGUCGUUCAUCACAAAGCCACCUUGGCUAAAGAGGGCAGCCGCUCUCCGAGCGAUAAGGAGAAUAAGGACGCGGGAGCUACAGAAGUCGUAACCGCAGGCCGCAAACGAAAACAGCGAUGGGAUAUGGGUUCCACCUCUAUAGACGCGACGACUACCCAACCUGCGGAGACUAAAACCAAACGUUCGAGGUGGGAUCAGACACCUGCUCCGGGCGCCGCCGCCGUGGAUGAGACCCCCCGACGGCGGUCCAGAUGGGACCAAGCUCCUGCUGCUACGCCGAUAGGUAACCAAGGUCUUGUUACGCCAAUGCAUCCGUCACAGAUGGGUGGCCCGGUGAUGCCCACCGCCUUCGGAACGGAUAUUUCGAUGAGAAACGCCCCUUUAUCAGAUGAAGAGCUCGAUUUGAUGUUACCCACAGAAGGCUACAAAAUUCUAGAUCCCCCCCCUGGAUAUGCUCCUAUACGAACUGUCGCCCAAAAGCUCAUGGCGACUCCUGCUCCUGCCGGAGGCGCUUCUGGGUUCGGCGGUUUUAUGAUGCAAGAUCCGGAAAGCGGAAGGGCUCUGGGUAAACAACUCCCAACGGAAAUUCCAGGAGUGGGUGAUCUGCAGUUCUUCAAAGCGGAGGAUAUGGCAUAUUUCGGGAAGCUGACGGACGGAAGCGACGAGAAUACCAUGAGUGUGGAGGAACUUAAAGAGCGGAAGAUUAUGAGACUGCUACUGAAAGUGAAGAAUGGCACACCUCCAAUGCGAAAAACUGCCCUCCGUCAACUCACAGAUAAUGCACGUCAAUUUGGUGCCGGCCCUCUCUUCAAUCAAAUACUUCCGCUACUUAUGGAAAAGACCUUAGAAGAUCAGGAGCGGCAUCUGCUGGUCAAGGUCAUCGACCGGGUUCUUUACAAGCUUGAUGAUCUUGUUAGACCCUACGUCCACAAAAUUCUGGUUGUUAUUGAACCGCUGUUGAUCGAUCAGGAUUACUAUGCGCGGGUCGAAGGUCGUGAGAUUAUCUCCAAUCUUAGUAAAGCUGCUGGUCUGGCGCACAUGAUCAGCACCAUGCGACCAGAUAUUGAUCAUGUCGACGAGUACGUUCGUAAUACCACUGCAAGAGCCUUUGCUGUUGUUGCCUCGGCCCUAGGUAUACCAGCGUUGCUUCCAUUCUUGCGAGCGGUUUGCAGGAGCAAGAAAUCGUGGCAGGCAAGGCAUACAGGUGUGAAGAUCGUUCAACAAAUCCCAAUAUUGAUGGGUUGUGCGGUGCUACCACAUCUUAAAGGUCUAGUGGAUUGUAUUGGUGGCAAUCUGAACGACGACCAAACCAAAGUUCGAACUGUGACGAGCUUGGCAAUUGCGGCUUUAGCUGAGGCAGCCAACCCCUAUGGUAUCGAAAGUUUCGAUGAUAUCUUGAAUCCGCUCUGGACCGGUGCUCGCAAGCAACGCGGAAAGGGUCUCGCAGGAUUCCUGAAGGCUGUCGGCUACAUUAUCCCGUUAAUGGACGAGGAAUAUGCCAACUACUACACGAGUCAAAUUAUGGAGAUUCUACUGCGAGAAUUUUCAUCUCCAGAUGAGGAGAUGAAGAAAGUUGUGCUAAAGGUAGUCUCACAAUGUGCCGGGACCGACGGCGUAACAGCAGGAUAUCUGAAGGAGCAUGUUCUGGACGAGUUCUUCAAGAGUUUCUGGGUACGGCGCAUGGCUUUGGACAAGCGAAAUUACAGGCAGGUUGUAGAAACUACGGUUGAUCUGGGUCAAAAGGUUGGCGUUGGGGAAAUUGUUGAACGGAUAGUUAAUAACCUCAAGGACGAGAGCGAAGCAUAUCGGAAAAUGACAGUGGAAACUGUCGAGAAAGUCAUUGCGAGUCUGGGCGCCGCGGAUAUCAGCGAACGAUUGGAAGAACGGUUGAUUGACGGGAUAUUACACUCCUUUCAGGAACAAAGCGUUGAGGAUAUUGUUAUGCUCAACGGCUUUGGCACUGUUGUCAAUGCACUUGGGACCCGGUGCAAGCCGUACCUUCCCCAGAUUGUUAGCACAAUUCUCUGGCGGUUGAAUAACAAGUCUGCUACGGUUCGACAACAAGCGGCAGACUUGAUCUCUCGCAUUGCAAUGGUUAUGAAGCAGUGCGGCGAAGAUGCGUUGAUGGGCAAACUUGGUAUUGUUCUUUACGAAUAUCUUGGAGAAGAGUAUCCCGAAGUUCUCGGCUCAAUCCUUGGUGCUCUACGUUCUAUCGUUACUGUCGUGGGUAUUAGCCAGAUGCAACCGCCCAUCAAGGAUCUACUCCCCAGACUGACACCAAUUUUACGCAAUCGGCACGAGAAGGUGCAAGAAAACACCAUCGACUUGGUCGGUCGUAUUGCGGAUCGAGGUCCCGAAAGUGUCAAUGCCAGGGAGUGGAUGAGAAUCUGCUUCGAACUUUUGGACAUGUUGAAGGCACACAAGAAAGGUAUCCGAAGAGCAGCCAACAACACAUUUGGCUUCAUCGCCAAAGCCAUCGGACCUCAGGAUGUCUUGGCAACUCUCCUUAACAAUCUUCGGGUCCAAGAACGUCAGUCGCGCGUGUGUACCGCCGUUGCCAUUGGAAUCGUCGCCGAAACCUGCGCGCCUUUUACCGUCCUUCCUGCACUUAUGAAUGAGUACCGAGUCCCUGAGCUGAACGUUCAGAAUGGUGUCCUCAAGUCGCUCUCCUUCCUCUUUGAAUACAUUGGCGAGAUGGCUAAAGACUAUGUCUAUGCUGUAACGCCAUUGCUCGAAGACGCUUUGAUCGAUAGGGAUCAAGUGCAUCGACAGACCGCGGCUUCCGUCGUUAAACAUGUGGCCCUCGGCGUCGUUGGCCUUGGGUGUGAAGAUGCCAUGCUUCAUCUUCUCAAUCUGCUUUAUCCUAAUCUUUUUGAAACCAGCCCCCACGUCAUCGACCGAAUAAUCGAAGCCAUUGACGCUAUUCGUAUGGCUAUCGGACCGGGUCUCACCAUGAACUAUGUGUGGGCAGGCCUCUUCCAUCCAGCACGGAAAGUUCGACAACCUUAUUGGCGCCUGUACAACGAUUGCUAUGUCCAAUCUGCCGAUGCGAUUGUACCUUACUAUCCUAAUCUGGAUGACGAGAAGAUGGAUCGACCUGAACUGGGGAUUAUUAUUUAA